AUGGACUCUGACUCUGAGCCUGCAACCUGCACAGGACUUCAGCGACUUCGGUUUGACAGCCAGGGAAUGCUCCUGCCGCACUGCAUCCUGGGCAGUUUGGAGGAUUUCAGAAGCUGCCUCGAAGCCAGAGGAGAGACCGACUUGGUAAAGCGAAUACCGAAGUCGGUGUCAGAUUCCCUCUCUGAGAUCACUGAACGUCCCCGCUCAAAAACACUGAGAGACAGGAAUGUUCCGGGUCACAGGAACAGAGAAACAAACGCCCUGAACCACUGGGACACACAUAUGGAACAUCGUCGACGGCAACAGAGCCGAUUAUCUGGAUUGCUCGACAGGCCAGUUGAACAUUUGCUGAUGAACCAAGCGAACCAUUUCAGAGAAGCACAAGAAGAGAAGCAACUCCUGAGCCAGGCGCUGCCGCUCAUCCAGUCUGGUUAUGGUUGCCGUGUGGGCAGUGAGUUCUGGAGCCUCCCACAGCGUUAUGGAGAUGAAGUGAGUGGUAUCACCGCCACUCUGACUCAAACUGAACUGGGGAGGCGGAAAGCCGUCACACGUGUGGGGCAGCCCAACCGUGUGCGCCAGGAGUCAGGACUUCAGUGUGGUGACUCUUUGGAUCCAGUGUCUCAGACUCAGGGCCGGAGAUCAUACCUCCAGCAGCAGUUCCAGCAGCUCGGCGAGCUUCUGUCGGACACCAACAAACCAGACGUCAGCGGGCUGGAGGUGAUUGGCUCUGGAAAGCCGUUGAUCACAGCGUGUCAGAGUCGCUCGGUGGAGAGGGAAGUAAAGGAGAAGGAGCUCAAGGACAAGGCGGAGGAGAAGCAAAUUGAUUCACUGACGGACGACCACGACGUCCAGUCAGAGCCUCUCUGCAUCCCUGCCUUGAGGUUUUCUGGCCAGCUUGCUAACUGGACAGGAAACUCUGCUACCAAACAGGGAGAAGUGGGAAUCAGCAGCACAGUAAUGUUUGAGACCUUGACGGGUGAAAUAGACAUUUCCUACCUGGAGCUGCAGAAUGAAGGCAGCACCGUCGUCUACUUUAACUGGCAGAAACUUCCCAGAAAGCCCAGCUUCUGUAUCCUGCCUUCACGCACAAAGAAGUCACCCUUCUACUUUGAUUCUUCCCCUGGCGUGAUCUCUCCGGGUGACACACACCUGUUGGAGAUUAUAUUCACGUCAGAAGAGGCAGGCAUCAAAGCUGAGUGUUGGCAGCUCAACACCCAUCCCCUGCUGCUGCAAGGAGCUUCCAUCCAGGUGACACUGAGGGGCGUGGCCCUGCCCCGGGACCAGACCAAAGAUCAGAGGCUCUUCAUAGAGAGCAAGCUGGAAGAAGUGGUGGUGGUUAAAAUGUGUCAGUCUAUUGUGGAUGAGGUGAUGCUGGGGGUCCAGUCCCCAGAAAGACCCGCCUCUCCCGAGGAGCUCUACAUCACUGAAGAGCAGCGGUUCCUCAUCCAAAACCCCAAGUUGCAGUUUGUUCAUGAGCCAGUGCAGAAUCUGAAGAGACUGUGGGAUGAGGCGAGUCAGGGACCCUCCUGGGACCUGUCUGUUGAUUCUCUCCGGCUGGCUGUGCUGUCUCUGCCUGAUGAAGAACCGUCUGAGAACUCUCUCACCAGAGAGGAGGGCCUCGCACGGGUGAACGCUUUGCUUCUGCAGCUUUCUGAAUCUUCUGAUCUGAAGCACCACCACCUAUCAGCGAGCGUGAUUGGGCAGCAGCUGAUGGGGAGACUGCUGGAAGAGAUGGCUGAUGAAGCCACGAGGCUCAGGAGCCUGCUGGGCCUCCCACAGAGCGAGACGUGGACUGAGAGAAAUGAUCAACCUGUCGCCUGUGACGCUGAUUCAAAUAAAGACGAAGAAAGUAAAGAGAGGGAGAGUGGGACAAGAUCCACUUUAAAAGAUGACAACAAAGGAAAGUCCAAGCCCUCGAUUGUUGACAAAUCUUUUGAGGGAAGAAGAAGAGAGGAGGUGGGAAAAAGCUCAAGGGCCAAGCUGGGGAGCGAGUCGGGCGUACCGGCUGAUGCCUGUUCAGAGAUCUACAGCGAACCAGCUCCAGAUGUAAACCCAGAGCUGAAACUCAUUUACACAAGGCUUCUGCACAAAAAGGUGUAUGCCCUGAUGGAGGACCUGCUGGACUGCCUCUGUGACCUGCUGGAUGAGGUUAAUGCGGGAGAUGAAGCAGACGCUGGUCAGCUCCACGAGAUCCUGCCUCUUACGUCAAAUGUGUGA